CCACAUCUCUGGGAAGCAUUGUGGGUAAGAGGAGGAACUAAACCCUCCCCACGUGUCUGCUGGAGUUUCACCAACAUGGCUGCUGGCUGAGAUUCCCCCCACCGGACCUGUGGGCACAUUGCUACGAGCCUAGGAGUGGGGGGGGAACCGGCAGCCUCUCCCCUCCGCCCGCUGGAGGACGAGUUUGUUCUAACAAUACUAGCCACUCACCUUGUGUUUCCAUGCUACUAUGGCAAAUGAAGAAGAUGACCCAAUUAUACAGGAGAUUGAUGUGUACCUGGCCAAAAGUCUGUCAGAGAAACUGUAUCUGUUCCAGUAUCCCAUUCGGCCAGCUUCAAUGACGUAUGAUGAUGUAACUCAUCUCUCGGCAAAGAUAAAACCAAAGCAGCAAAAGGUCGAACUGGAAAUGGCCAUUGAUACUUUGAAUCCCAAUUAUUGUCGCAGCAAAGGGGAACAAAUAGCACUCAACGUUGAUGGCACGUGUGCAGAUGAAAUGAGCACGUAUUCCUCGAAGAUGAUGGACAAGCAAGCUUUCUGCUCCUCGCAGACGACCAGUAACAUAUCUCGAUAUGCCGCUGCUAUCUACAGAAAAGGUGAGCUCCACCUUACUCCGCUACACGGAAUCUUGCAAAUGAGGCCAAGUUUCACCUACUUGGACAAAGCUGACGCCAAAUAUAGAGAACGAGAAGCUGCUAAUGAGCCCGGUGAUUCUUCCCAGGAUGAAGCUGAAGAAGAUGUCAAGCAAAUCACAGUGAGGUUCUCCCGGCCAGAGUCGGAACAGGCCCGUCAACGUCGGGUUCAGUCUUAUGAGUUCCUGCAGAAGAGGCAGGCCGAAGAGCACUGGGUUCAUUUGCAUUAUUACGGUUUAAGGGACAGCCGUUCUGAACAUGAGCGCCAGUAUUUGUUUAGCCAAGAUCAUAGCAUGGCUGGGAAUACUGAAUUAAUUAAAUCACCAAGUGAAUACUUGAUGAUGCUGGUACCUCCGAGUAUAGAAGAUGAAAAAGACAAACCAGUGGCCCCAAGCAACGUGUUUUCCAUGGCUCAACUGAGGACACUGCCCCUUGCUGACCAGAUCAAGAUCUUGAUGAAAAAUGUGAAGGUCAUUGCUUUUGCAAAUCUGAUGAGCCUCUUGGCUUCUGGGACCGAUCCCACAGCAGUUUUGCGGUGUAUACAGCAGGUGGCGCUAUUGGUGCAGGGAAACUGGGUUGUGAAAAGUGAUGUCCUGUAUCCAAAAGAUACCUCCAGUCCACAUAGUGGAGUCCCAGCAGAAGUGCUUUGCAGGGGAAGGGAUUUUGUUAUGUGGAAGUUUACUCAGGACCGCUGGGUGGUUCGGAAAGAAGUAGCAACAGUUACAAAACUUGGCCCAGAAGAUGUAAAAGACUUCUUGGAACAUAUGUCUUUCCUUAGGAUAAACAGAGGCUGGGAAUUCAAGCUCCGCUAUGAUGACGAUUUUGUCCGGAAGCAUCCAGAUGUGGUCCAGAGGCAACAGAUGCUCUGGAUGGGCAUUCAGGCCAAGUUGGAGAAAGUGUACAACUUGGCAAAAGAGCACAUGGCACCAAAGAAACAAGCUGCACAAACAGCUCCUGCCUUGCUGGUUUCUGGAGAACAGAGGGUCAACCUGGCAAAAGCGAAAGUCAGGCAGACCUACGGGCAGCUGGAGCAAGACUUCCAGAAGCGGAAAGCAGAGGGCAAAGCCAACGAGGCUACCUGCCCGGUGGACAUUCUUGGUGUACGUAUAAAGGAGGAGCCACUGAGCGAUGAGGAGCCUAUGGACACAUCCAUUUGCGAUGGCCUCAAUAACGGACUGGUCAACGGUAUUCAUUCAGAAGAGAACUCCAUGGACUCCAUAAGCUGCCACUUGCCAGUCCAAGAGAGAGUCACGCAAGAACUCAGAGCCUUUUUGGUGGCAACAUUUAAGAAACAGUAUGUCCUAACUCUGAAUGAGCUUAAACGGUUAUUUAAUCUCCACGUGGCUAGUCUGCCUCCUGGGAAUCUCUUGUUUAGCGGCAUUUCAGACAAAAUGUUACAGGACAUGGUGUUGGACAUGGGCUGCAAACAAAUAACGGUGCCUUUUCCUCCACAGACAACUGCGUUACCAGAUGAACAAAAGGUCUUUGCACUUUGGGAAGCUGGUGACGUCUACGAUCAGCACCGGCAAAUUUUGCUCGAAAUCUUUUCCAAAAACUACAGAGUACGUAGAAACGUCAUUCAGAAUCGGCUGGCCAGGGAAUACGGAGAGGAUCUAGAUAAACAGGAGAUGGAUAAAAUCUUGAAGGACUGCUGCGUAAGCCAGGGUGGCAUGUGGUAUCUUAAAGGGACAGUACAGCAGCCAACAUCUUGACGAAAAGAGUUUGCUUUAAUGGCAUCAGGUGAACUCCAGGACCGAAGAGGAAAAGGCGUAACAGGCAGGAAAGCAAACCAAUGCCCUCUUUCCCCACCACCCACCAACAAGGGGCAGAGCCUGAUCUACUCGCUGCCCUGCGGAUGGAAGAAGUUAGGGACACUGCUCAUCUACUUGUUUGUAUGGCAUCCACAGUGCCAACUUUCAAUAGAAAAAAAUUUGGAUCUUUACGAGCUGUUAGAUUAAUUUGGGAUUCAUGAUGUAUUUUGCUUCUCAUUCUCAUUAUAGCAAAAAAAAAACCCUUAUACUGACCCGGAUGUUACAGAAGAUCAUGAUCUAAUGUUUUAUUUUGUAACAAAUGUCAAUAAAUUGCAAGUUUACACUUA